CCGAGAGGCACGCAGUCAGCAGGCACGUGAGGCUCCCUGAGGCCCCUCCCCCGGAGUCUCCAAGCUCUGACUGGGCAGGUCUGGGCCAGCGGGGGGCUCAGCACAAGGCCCAGGCCUGUCAGCAGCGCAGUUGCCAAGCCGACAGCCAGCAGCACCCCUGAAAGUUGCGGGGAGAGCGGAAGGGCCACAUGAUGACCACUCAGAACCUCCCCAGGCUGCGCUGGCCCGGAGAGCAGCGUUUUGCAUUUGCCCCUUGGCCCUGGUCUCUCUGUCUUGCUGCCUUCAGGCUUUAACUCCUCAUAGCUCCCUGUAGAUCAACCUCAUUCCUGCCUCUGGGGCUUUGUGAUGUCAGGUGUCCUCCUGGGAAUGCUCCUCUCCCCACACCCCACCAUGUAAGACCCCUCCCAGGACAUUGCUGCUGGCCUUCCCGGCAGGUCCCAGCACUGCCCUGUGCUUCAUGUGGCUUGCUGGCUGCCCUGUGCCCAGGUGGCUUAGCACCUGGCCCCUGCAGGGCAGUGUUCUCUGUCCCACCUGGGUGGGGGCCAUGAAUGCCCCAUGCUCUGGGCUCAGCCGGAGGGCUCAGUGCAGACUGCUGACUCAUGAAGACAAGAAGGAAACAAGAUGAGAAAACCCAGAGAGGAGGUUACAGGAGGCACCCCUGCGAUCCUGGUACUCUACCGUGCAACUCACUCACCGCGCAGGGACUCGCUCCCCAGGGAAGCUCCCAGGACUGAGGCACAGAAGUCUGACACCUCCACGGGCUGCAGGAGGAGUCUCAGAAUGCUGGAGCUGAAACAUCUGCUCAAGAUAUGGAAUGAAGGCCCCCAGGGAAGUGACCGAACAGGCCGAGAGCAGGGGACAGCACCAGCCUGUGCCCCACGACUUCGAAGGCACGGUCUGUACGUGAUGUCACCAGGCAGACGGAUAGGGAGGGAUGAGGGAGCCAGAGCGGGAGGGCGGGGCCGAGGGGCAGACUCACUGUCAGGGUGAAUCUGAAGCUGGAAAAGAAUCACGUCCUCUUCUAUCAAGCAGAUCACUGGGUUUGGAAUGUGGGGAGGGAUGCUGGGGGCCUGGGGGACAGGGUAUGCCGGGCCUGCAGUCCAGCGACGCCUUUGCAGCCGGGAGCUGGACACAGGUGGUCCUGGAAGAGUUUGGGGGCGAAAAGCUGAAGGACCUGGCCUGUCUGGGGAGGCAUACACACCGCCUGUUGGCCCCACCCUGUCUCGAUUCCCUUUUAAGAGCAGUUCCAGCCCUUCUGGGGCCCUUGCCUCCCCAAAGACUGUCUUCCUACCUGGCCUUCUGUGUCCCUGCCAGACCCUGGCCUCCUGAACCCUGGGACAGAGCUGAGAGAUUUCUAGGGGCUGCAGCUGCGCCUCGCAGUGCGGUCGCCUUCCCCUUCCAGGAGGAAAGCAGCCACGCCCUCACUCCACCCACUUUCUCUGGGAGAGCCUGGGCUUGGUACCACGUGCUUACCAAGGAGGGAGCCAAGCAUGGCCAUGCUGGAGAUGACAAGGCCGAAGAUGCCGUGGGGGCCACACUGGACCAGAUGGACCCUGGCGCUCCCUUGGAAGGAUGGGUCUGGGCCCAGAGCGCUGGCUACUUCCUGAGAACACGCAUCACAGCAUCAUACGCCCGGGGAGAGGAGGAGGGGCAACGAGGCUCCCAGAGGUGGGGGCGCAGAGACCAGACUGAGCCCUUGGGCACAGCCCCUGGUGAGGGGGCUCAGAGACGUCCACUGUCAGCCUCCUUCCUCACUGAAACUUGCCCGGGUGGCCACCUGUGCCUGGGUCCCUCCCCAUCUUCAGAAAACACCCCUGACUUAACUCAGUCCCUGUACUGAGCCACUGUUUGCCCCUUGUUUCUAUCUGCCUGCAAAUGUCCUACUUAUGGAACAACUUAGAAACAUGUCCCUAUCACCCCA